CCGCGCGGCUCCUCUCUAAAAAUGCGAGCAUCUGACCCGCGCCAGCCCAAUUGUGUUCGCCUGCUCCGCAGAGGACGCUGCCGCCGCCGCCGCGAUGUCCGAGACCGCUCCCGCCGCCGCCCCCGAUGCGCCCGCGCCCGGCGCCAAGGCCGCCGCCAAGAAGCCGAAGAAGGCGGCGGGCGGCUCCAGAGCCCGCAAGCCGGCGGGCCCCAGCGUCACCGAGCUGAUCACCAAGGCCGUGUCCGCCUCCAAGGAGCGCAAGGGGCUCUCGCUCGCCGCGCUCAAGAAGGCGCUGGCCGCCGGCGGCUACGACGUGGAGAAGAACAACAGCCGCAUCAAGCUGGGGCUCAAGAGCCUGGUCAGCAAGGGCACCCUGGUGCAGACCAAGGGCACCGGCGCCUCCGGCUCCUUCCGUCUCAACAAGAAGCCCGGCGAGGUGAAGGAAAAAGCCCCCAAGAAGCGGGCAGCCGCCGCCAAGCCCAAGAAGCCGGCAGCCAAGAAGCCCGCCGGCGCCGCCAAGAAGCCCAAGAAAGCGGCGGCGGUGAAGAAGAGCCCCAAGAAAGCGAAGAAGCCGGCGGCCGCCGCGGCCAAGAAGACGGCCAAGAGCCCCAAGAAAGCGUCCAAGGCAGGUCGCCCCAAGAAAGCAGCAAAGAGCCCGGCCAAGGCGAAGGCGGUGAAGCCCAAAGCAGCCAAGCCCAAGGCGGCUAAGCCCAAAGCAGCCAAGGCGAAGAAGGCGGCGCCUAAAAAGAAGUAAAUUAUACUAGAAGAGUCCUGCUCUCCGUAUUUUGUUAUCCAACGGCUCUUUUAAGAGCCACCCACACUUUCCCUAAAGGAGCUGAGGCACCGAGGUCGUCAGUAACCUGCAGCAAGGAUCCAGUAAUUCGUAAGUCGUCAGAGAUCAAUUGUGUCUUCUUUUCCCCUACAAUUACCGAAAGAAACGCUAACGAGCACGGUAUAACGCGGCGGCUUUAGGGAAGUGUAGACUUUUACAUCUUUUUUUUUUUUUUUUUGCCGAGUAAUUGGUUUGAUUACCAGGAAGCAAUGUUUUAUAAUGUUUUGAUAAACAUCGGAUGUACGUUUUUUUUAAGGAUAUAUUUUGUAACAAAAAUAAUGCAAUUGCCGGGCACGCUACUACUGAGCCAUGUCUAAUCUAUUAUAUUAUUUCUCUGAA